AUGUCCGAUGGCCAAAUGUCCGAGAAACGUGCGGCUUCGAAAAAUGGGUGGCGCUACAGGCGCGUUGGUGGCGCUUCUGGAGUUCCAGUGAUAUCGAUGAGCGUCACACCACAUGUCUCCGAUGCAUACCUGACGCGGUUGACGCAGGCAUCCCAGCCCAGUGCUAUCGUCUCAGCGCUCGCCACGUCGCAGAGACGGAAGAAGAAGCAUGUGCUGAGUCACAGCUUACAUCCGCUUUUGCUUCUUGCCACCACAUCGAUGGCGCGCCCUGUCCCCAAGGCCGAGAUGGCGCUUCUUCUGCGCUCACUGCGCGACCCGAUGGCGCCCGAUUCCUGCUGUGCGAUCGUGAUGAAGGGUGUCUCACAGCAAUGUUUUCUGCAGCUCGACACCGGCGGGCGGGCCAAGUUCGCGCCGCUUCUACGCGCGCUGGUGCAGAUGCUGACUAAGCAGCGCACGGAGCCCGAGUUCCACGCGCUGUACGCGAAGCUGACGACAUGCACGUGCCCGCUGAGUGUCCGGCGGAUGAACUGCCAUGGGCUGCCCGUGGAGGCACUCACGAUGGACGACAUGCUCGGGGCUUUCCUCUGGGAGGUCUGUGGCCAGAUUUCGAAUUUUGUGAACCACCGCGAAGCAGGGAAGUACCGGCACACCGUCCCCGGCUUGUCCCCCGAUGAGCAGCCGUGGCCCAGCAAUGCACAGGACAUCAUCCACACUCCCGGCGCCGAGUUCGCCGUCCUCGUCUCCCUCCAGAACUGGUUCAACCCCCGCCCCGCGGGCUAUGGGGUGUUCACGCUAAUCGCUGCAUUCGCCACCUUCCACUCCAAGUUCGCCGAGACAGUCUUCAAAGUCCCGCUCGUGUUUCGGCUCGCCCUGCAGCACAUCGUUCGCAUCUCCGAGCAGCCCGGCUUGCAAACCACCGGUCCGCUUAACAAGCGCUGCUUCACGCUGUGGGCUCCCCUAGUCUCGAUCAUCGUCGGCUUCAUCUCUGGACUCCGGCGUGUCGAGCACACCUUCAUGAUGGAGUGGACCGUCGACAACAUCGCUAUACUGGCUAAAGCUGCCAGGAAACUGCUGCCCGUUGUGAAGCGCGAGAUCCGCCACCACGCCCAGCUGCCCGACUGCGUGGACUUCUUCGAGAUGGUCCUCCGUCUCAACGCGAGCAUCGGCCCGGACGGCACAAUUAACGUGCCAGAGGUGCCGCCGACCAUCGCAGCGUAUCACGGUGCGUAUGUUGAGAUGGCGGAGGUGCGCCUGCGGAGCCAGUGUCUCUUUGUUAAUUGUCCACAUGACGGGCCCGGGGCGGCGACGGACCGCGCAACCCAAGUGUGUUCCGGCUGCGGUGUCGUUCGAUAUUGUUCGAAAGAUUGUCUGCGUGCCGCAUGGACCGACUCCGCGCUGCCCCACAAACCGCUCUGCAAAGCCAUCAAGCAGCUGCGCGCUGCCACCCACCUCACUAGCGACGCAAUAUUCCUCAUCACACUACGCAAACGCGAUGCCGCCGCAUUCGUCGCGCACUGCACGCAGCUGGGUAUCGACAGUACUCCUGCGCGUGCCGUGGGGGACAGGAUGACCGCGCUGAAGAAGGCGAAGCUGGAGGCGAACGAGAAGCGCUGGGCGGCGGAGGGCGGUGGGUGUCCCGGGUGUGGUGGCACGGCGUGCACUCACACGGCGGAGGAGCUUGGUGCGGGCAUCGACGGGCGUGAGCCAGCGCCGGAUGGGGAGUUGUUCAUGUUGCCCGAGAUCAACAUGAAGUACCGCAGCGCAAACGAAGAGUAG